CACCUGAAAUGGAUGUCUUCAGGAUGAAGCUAGUGUGCAUGUGUGUUGUGCAGCAGGCCCUGUGCUCACUCCCUAGUACUAGUUUUCAAAAAGAAAAUGAGAGAGAGAGAGAGAGAGAGAGAGAGAGAGAGAGAGAGAGAGAGAGAGAGAAGAGGCUGGGACUUGUAACCCUAUGACUGACUGAGGAGGCUGGGGCAAGAAGACUGGGAGUUGAAGGGGCAGCCUUGGCUACACUGGGAAACAAAGCUGUCCUGGACAGCUUUGUGGAUGUGAUAUAUAUUUUUUUAAUGCUUAUUUUCAGCUGCCUGGGGCAAAAUAUGAAUUCAAUAUUAUUUUUUUCUGUAUUUUAAAUUAUAGAAUCCAAGUCUUCACUAAAUUUAUUCCAUGUUACUUUUAAAGCAAUAGCCCCACCUAAUACUUUCUGUCCUCAUCAGCAGUGCUGUUGACAUUUAUGCAAAACACAUAAAGCCUAGAUAAAUAUUACAAUAAUAUAAUAGUUAAUAUUCCUGACCUUCUGAUGGUUCUUGGGCCAGAGAAUAAUCAGCACAUCUCUUCACACAAAUAUUUAAAGAGUGUCACAAACAAUCCUAGUGGGAUUUCCUUGGACUAAGAUCCUGAGUUCUGGUGAAAAAGGACAGAAAGACAGGAAAUUCAGGAGACAUGAGUCUGGAACAUUCACCUCAACCUCAAUUCCAAAGUCUAGUUUAUGUUUUUGACCAUUUGAAAGUCAAGUGUCAAUGUAAACAUCUCAAACAAGAGUAACAAGACAACUCAUAAACUGCUUAAGGACAAACAUGUGACUUUGAGCACAAAUGCCAGCCCUCCCCCGUCUCAUCCCUAAACAGUGCAUCUCAUAGACAACCUUGUGAAUUCAUUCCCAAAAAGAAAUUCUUGAAAAGAAACAAAUAACACCUCAAAAAUUAAUUAAUUUUUGAACUGCUUUAUUAAGCUUUAAACAUGGUUGAUCAGUGUAAGUUCAAAACUAAGGAAACACACAUCCAGAUACCCACACCCCGCCCCCCCCACACCCUUGCAGUGCUAGAUUUGAAUGUAGGCUCUACCCCAUGCUAAAUAGGUGCUUUACUACCAAGACUCAUCCCCAGUGUUUUCUGUACCAUUUUUAUUUGGGGACAGUGUUUUACUAGGUUUAUUUACUUUACAGCUCAGGUUUGCUUUGAACUUGGAUCAUCUCUCAAGUAGCUAGGGUUACAGGUUGGCACACCAGGCCUAGACAGACAACUAACUGUUAAGACAGAAGCACAAACAUUUUCCUGAGACACAGGCACCUACCCAUCCUCAUUUUUUUUCUUAAUAAACAACUUUUCCUCAUAUUGUCUUGAACUUUUCUAUAGCAUAAGUUGAGAUCCCUGCCUCACAAGGGUAGGUAUCUCCAGAAAGAACUUGGGCUGUAUGGCUGCUGCCUUAGACCAUACGUUCUACUUCAGUUGAUAUAAUCACACUACCCUGUCUUAGUAUGGACUGCCUAUUUUCCCCUUCUACCCUUUUCAUGUAUCAUGUUCUCUCCUUUUUCUCUUCUUCUUUUGACAUGUUUUCAUUUUCUAGUCCAAGGUGACCUCAAAACUCACAGCAAUCCUCCCUCCCUCAGGAGGGAAUUAUCAGCAAGUUGCUACCAUGCCCAGCUGUGAGCACUCUUAUUUACAGACAUAUUCCAUGGAAAAAGUUCCGGAAAGAACAUCUCUCUAAAACAUCUGCAGGCAUGUCUACCACCAGCCUAGCCAUGUUAGGAGAUUGGAAACUGUGAUUCCAGCUUUAUAAUUUUAUAAUUAAGGGUUAGGCACUGUGUCUGCUCAUCUAGAGGUAAAUAAGCCAUAGGAAGUGGGCUAUUGGUGGUGUUCAGUUGGAAAGGACUAGCAAACUCUUUGAUAAUAGCCUUAGCCUGGCUGAUUUGACUACAUAGGUGCCAUUGGUAAGAUGUUUAUCAUCGCACCCGAAGCCCUUCUCUUAAGAUUCAGGGGGAAUAGUGUGCCUUUACAUGCUCUGCAGAGUGUUUAUUAGGCCGUGCUCCCUUCAAGAAGGGCUCACCUUGGAGUUUUGGGAUAGUUCUAGGAACACCGUCUAAUUCCACAGUGAGACAGUCAAGACAUCUGUGUUACUUCCGUCAUGUAUAUACAUAAUUUCAGUGAAAAUUUGGGCCUGCAUAAUUGAUUUUCUUUACUCGUUAGAAGCCACAUAUGUAAAAGACCCCUCCCAAGAUGUUGGAUACCUUUUCUACUAAAAGUUACCUUUGAAUUAGCAAAGAAAAGAGAAAGUUUUCUUCUUCUUCUUGAAUUUGAUUGAAAAUCAAGGACUUUUUCCACUAGUUCUGGCUUGCAGGAACAUUUGUCAAUAUAGGGUAAAAAGUCGGGUGGAAUCCAGGUCCCCGUGGGUCACCUGGUGUCAUAACCUGAGCAAUUCUGCAGUGAGCACAUAUGCAAGAUUCCACUUUUGGGGGGAAAAGAAACACAAAUGUCCCUUCUCCAGGGGCGGGGGAGGCGCCUGGGGAUGCACCAAUCACAGCGCGCCCUGCUCUAUAUAAGGCCCCCCCCCAGUACACCCCCCCUGCUACCUCGGCGCUGUUGCCUCUCUUUUACUUUUUCUCAUUGGAUGUGGCUCUUGAUCAGCUCUUGACUAUGUCGGAAACAGCUCCUGCGGCCUCAAGUACCCUUGUUCCAGCUCCUGUGGAGAAACCUUCAGCUAAAAGGCGAGGGAAGAAGCCAGGCCUGGCCACUGCUCGCAAACCUCGGGGUUUCUCGGUUUCCAAGUUGAUUCCUGAGGCCCUUUCCACGUCUCAGGAACGGGCAGGAAUGUCCCUUGCUGCCCUGAAGAAAGCCCUGGCUGCAGCUGGCUAUGAUGUGGAGAAGAACAAUAGCCGCAUCAAGCUGGCCCUCAAGAGACUUGUGAAUAAGGGAGUCCUGGUGCAGACCAAGGGCACCGGUGCCUCAGGCUCCUUCAAGCUCAGCAAGAAGGCGGUUUCUGGGAACGAUAAAGGAAAGGGCAAGAAAUCUGCUUCUGCCAAGGCUAAGAAGCUGGGCUUGUCCAGGGCCUCGAGAUCACCCAAGAGUAGCAAGACCAAGGCUGUCAAGAAGCCAAAGGCUACGCCCACAAAAGCUUCUGGGAGCAGAAGGAAGACCAAAGGGGCCAAGGGCGUGCAGCAGCGCAAAAGCCCCGCCAAAGCGAGGGCAGCCACCUCUAACUCUGGGAAGGCAAAGAUGGUUAUGCAGAAGACGGAUCUGAGGAAGGCAGCAGGGAAGAAGUGAGUUUCAAAGCCAGUUUUCAAAAACCCAAAGGCUCUUUUAAGAGCCACUUACAUACUUCUUAAAAUGGCCAAACACUUUGGACCAAAGUUAAAGGUGGGGAGUUACUUCAGGUCGACCUGUUGCCUAAACCCUAGAGUGGAAACCUAGGGUCCCUAUGUGUAGAAUAUUUCCAAAUUUGGUUGUGUAUUAGUGUCUUUACACCAGAAUAAAGGUCACUAUUGAAACACACAAUG